AAGCCCGGAACGGGAUCACGGGACUUCCUGGGGAUCCCUUCGAGCAGGGAGCUCCUCUAGGGUUUGUGUUUCCUAGCUGAAAUAUACAGUAAACGUAGCGCUCGGUCCCGCGGAAAGUCCAGCGGAGCCCGGACGCGUCCCAGCAUGAUCCCGACCGAGGAUGCGUCGGCCCGGAAGAGGGAGAUCGAGGAGAAGCUUAAGCAGGAACAGGACCAGCUUUCCUUCAUCCGUGAAAACUUGGACAAAAGCGACCAGCUAACCAAAAGCAUGGUGUCCAUCCUGUCAUCGUUCGAGAGCCGCCUCAUGCAGCUGGAGAACUCCAUCAUCCCCGUGCACAAGCAGACGGAGAAUCUGCAGCGGCUACAGGAGAACGUGGACAAGACCCUGUCCUGCCUGGACCACGUCAUCAGCUACUACCAUGUGGCCAAGGAGACCGACAAGAUCAUCAAGGAAGGACCUGCUGGUCGCCUGGAUGAGUACCUGGCCUGUAUCGCCAAGAUCCAGAAAGCAGUGGAGUACUUUCAGGAUAACAACCCCGACAGUCCCGAGCUCAACACAGUGAAAGCACGUUUCGAGAAGGGUAAGGAGCUGCUGGAGGCCGAGUUCCGCAGCCUGCUGACGCGCUACAGCAAGCCGGUGCCGCCCAUCCUCAUCCUGGACGCCAUUGGGACGGACGAAGACUUGGAGGUGCAGGAGGAAGUGGUGCUGGAGCACCUCCCCGAGGCCGCACUGCAGGACAUCAUCUGCAUCUCGGGCUGGCUGGUGGAGUACGGACGCAACCAGGACUUCAUGAAUGUAUACUAUCAGAUCCGCUCCAGCCAGUUGGACCGCUCCAUCAAGGGCCUGAAGGAGCACUUCCGCAAAAACAGUGCCUCCUCGGGAGUGCUCUACUCCCCCGCAGUGCCGAUCAAGCGCAAGGACACCCCCACGAAGAAGCCACCCAAGAGGCCGGGGACGAUCCGUAAGGCUCAGAACCUUCUGAAACAGUACUCUCAGCACGCGCUCGAAGGGAAAAGGGGGGGCUGUAACUUCACUCCUCUGGAAGGUCACGAUCUUGACCUGCGGGUCAGACACGUCUCUGACGCCCUGAACGAGAAGCACGGGGCGGCCGCAGGCAAGGACGACAUGCUGGACGUGGAGAUCGACUCCUACAUCCACUGCAUCAGCGCGUUUGUGAAGCUGGCACAGAGCGAGUACGCCCUGCUCGCGGAGAUCAUCCCCGAGCACCACCAAAAGAAGACCUUCGACUCGCUUAUCCAGGAGGCCCUGGACAGCCUGAUGCUGGAGGGUGAGGGCAUCGUGUCAGCAGCACGCCGAGCCACCCUGAGGCACGACUACUCGGCUGUGCUAACCAUCUUCCCCAUCCUGCGGCACCUGAAGCAGACCAAGCCGGAGUUCGACACCACGCUGCAGGGAACUGCAGCCAGCACCAAGAACAAGCUGCCCACACUCAUCACCUCCAUGGAGACGGUUGGUGCAAAAGCCCUAGAGGAGUUCGCUGACAGCAUCAAGAAUGACCCGGACAAGGAGUACAACAUGCCCAAGGACGGCACUGUGCACGAGCUGACCAGCAAUGCCAUUCUGUUCCUGCAGCAGCUGCUGGAUUUCCAGGAGACGGCAGGGGCCAUGCUGGCUUCCCAAGAGACGAGCUCCUCGGCCAGCAGCUACAGCUCCUUAGAGUUUAGCCGAAAACUUCUCAGCACCUACAUCUGCAAGGUGCUCGGGAACCUGCAGCUGAACCUUCUCAGCAAGUCUAAAGUCUAUGAGGACUCUGCCCUAAGCGCCAUUUUCCUGCACAACAACUAUAACUACAUCCUCAAGUCCCUGGAGAAGUCGGAGCUGAUCCAGCUGGUGGCCGUCACCCAGAAGAGGGCGGAGAGCUCCUACCGUGAGCUGAUCAAGGAGCAGAUUAAGACGUACCAGCAAAGCUGGGUUAGGGUCACAGACUACCUGAAUGACAGAAACAUGCCCAUGUUUCAGCCAGGAACCAAGCUGAAGGACAAAGAGCGUCAGAUGAUUAAAGAUAAGUUCAAGGGCUUUAAUGACGGGCUUGAGGAGCUGUGCAAGAUCCAGAAGGUGUGGGCCAUCCCAGACAAGGAGCAGCGAGAUGCCAUACGGCAGGCCCAGAAGAGGGUGGUCUCUGAGGCCUACCGGGCUUUCCUGAACAGGUACGCCAACAUUUCAUUCACCAAAAACCCAGAGAAGUACCACAAGUACAGGCCAGAGCAGGUGGAGGAGAUGAUCGAGAAGCUGUUUGACACUUCGGCCUGAAGCUCCGCCCCUCCCAGCCGCACCCACCCACCCAUCCAC